AUGGCGUACACCAGACCACAACCUCAACACCAUUACAUGCCAUGCCUCUCGUCAAAGCUCUCGUUAAGGCUUAUAAAAGCUCCGGCGUGUCUCUGGCAUGUCUUGAGCCUACACCCCCCCAGGAGUCUUACAAUUAGGGCAUCCUCCACUGCAGCCUUCCUAGCCUGGAACUGGUUCUACGCCUACUGCGUGCUCUCGAGUCGCACACUCAAACAACGCUAUGGCAUUGACCACAACGGCAACCCGCGACAGGACCUGAUCAGGUUCGGUGACGCAGCGAUCCGCGAGGGCAAAUUGACGAAGAGCCAGCUCGAGCAGACUCAGCGCAUGGAGGCAGCGAGUGCGAAUUCUGUCGAUGGAUAUCAGUUUUUUGCGAUUUCGGGUAAGUUACGUCUUGAGGAUCGAUGA